AUGCCAUCUGGACAUGCAAUCUUACACGCAACCUGUAUUGCUAACACUAUUGGAUAUUUAGAUAUCUUGGCAAGUUUAGUAUGUCUUGCUGAUCUGGCGUAUCCAACAAUCUUUAAACGAAAGUGGCCACAGCCCAUUUGCAGUAUACUUGCAGUUCUUGAACUCAUAUUUCUAUGCCUGAACGUUGGUCUAUUUGUAUAUAUGAGCAUUAUAGCUUGUUUGAGGGUGCAUCGAAAAACCCAUAUGCAACUAGGACCAUACGAUUAUCAAGCAUGGAUUAUAAUAAUUACAAUAGCACUUGCCAUGGCCUGUCUAUGCCGAAACGAUUACGGAAACAGCGAAUACUACUGUACCGAACCGCCUGAUGGCUCAGUCGCAUCUUUAUUCGUUGAUUCAGUGCUGUUGGUGACCCUGCUUGUUGUGGCGUCAUGCCUGAUACUGAUUAGAAGAAAAAUAUGGAAGAUUGAAAGAAAUGUGCUGCGCGGACACGCAAUGGCCAAAAGCGUGCAUGAUGAUCGAGAUACCGCCAAAAAGGUUGCCGGAUAUUUGAGUGUAUUCAUUUUGAAAUGGAUAUUUCUAUUCGUAUAUAUAAGUGCAAGCGUUGCGCAGGAUCGCAAAUUUUGGAAGUACUUGAUAUUAGCGAUAGGCACGAAUUUCGGUAGCAUUUUUACCGCCAUACUUUUCACUAUACACGAAGGUUGGACGUCCAAAGUAGCGGAUUCGUCUUUACCCAAUGAUAUUACAUGCGCGACUAUGUCAUCCACUUCCGGAGGCGUUUCAUCAACUUGA